AUGUUCAGAUUGAACAUAGAGAGCACGGACAGCUUUGCAACGUUGGUCGACCAAUUGAUGCCCAAAAUCAGUGCAACCGACACAGAUUCAAUCAAAAUCACAGAUAAGGCGAAUGGUGAAGGAGCACAGUAUAUACUGAAGUUGACUGAUAAAACAAUCAGUGACUUGGGCUUGAAGAAUGGGGACAUGUUGUAUUUGAAUUACGAGAAGCAGCAACCAAUGGAGGGCGUAACCAGAGCUACCGGUGGUAGUAGUGAAGCUCCAGACUCAUCACAAGUAAUUGUCUCCGGUACUGCGUCAGGAUCUGUGGCAAUAAAGGGUGCCCCUCCUGUGUUACCUGUGAAGACGGCUCGUUCCCAAUUACCUAUAGAUGACCUUCUUGAUAAGGAGAAAGGGCUCGUCUCCCGCCCCAGAUCGUACAUGUGCCGCCAUGGUGAUAAGGGGAUGUGUGAAUAUUGCUCACCAUUACCGCCAUGGGACAAAAACUAUCAAAAAGAGAAAGGCUACAAGCAUUUAUCGUUCCACGCCUAUGUCAAGGAGAUUGAUGAGCAGAAGAACAACAAGUAUAAUUCUACGUCAUACAUGGCGCCUUUAGAGGAGCCAAAUUACUACAGCAAGAUGCUUCCCACAGGUGUUAGACAGGGCCCUGCUGUCAUCACGUUACAACAACAAAAGUUUAGAAUGGUCGAUAACGUGGAAUUUAGCGAUUCUUCCAUCAUGAAUAAAUUUAUCGAUGUGUGGAGAAACACUGGUGUGCAGAGAUUCGGAUACUUGUAUGGUAGGUAUGAACAGUACGAUGUGGUUCCAUUGGGGAUUAAAGCUGUUGUGGAAGCGAUAUAUGAGCCGCCACAAGCUGACGAAGUAGAUGGAAUUACUUUAUUACCUUGGGAAGAUGAACAAUUGGUUGACGAAAUUGCAUCAAGACUCGGAUUGGUUAGAGUUGGGGUCAUAUUUACAGACUUAACUGAUCUGGGGAUGAAAAAUGGUACAGUGUUGUGUAAAAGGCAUAAGGAUACAUACUUCCUCUCGUGCAUUGAGAUUAUGAUGGCAGCUAGAAAUCAGAUUAAAAAUCCAAACGUUACGAAGCACAGCUCAACUGACAGCUUAUAUCUGUCGAAAUUUGUCACUUGUGUGAUUAGUGGUGGGUUGAAGGGAGAAAUUGAGCCUAGAUCUUACCAAGUCUCUGUCGAUGCUGAGGCUUUGGUCAGGGCAGACAUCAUCACAUCUACUACACAGCCAUCAAUGCUUUAUGUCAAUGAGAGUGAGGCUGGUGGUAGGCUAAUUCCAGAUAUCUAUUUCCUGAAGAUUAAUGAGUAUGGAUUAGAGGUUAAGACCAACGCCAAGCCUACAUUUCCAGUUGAAUUUUUGUUGGUUUCACUUUCAGACUCUUUCCCUAAAGAGCCUAAUCCUAAAUUUAAGUUGAACUUCAACAUUGAAAAUAGAUAUUUCAUGGGUGACUUACAGGAUUUGAAAUCUGCUUACAAGUUUUUGAAUGGGACUGAUGAUACUUCCAAAUUGAUUGAUUUCCAUUUCAUUAUAUUUUUGUUAAAGAUGGACAUCUUGGGCAAGGAGGAGAAGGAAAUGUUUUUGAAGUUUGCACAGGAUGGAGAGUACGAAGAUUACUUGAGAUUGGUGGAGAGUCCGGGGUGGAUGACUUUAGUUACUAUCUUAGAGCAAUCCAGCUGA